GCCAUACCAGCCAAUAGCACCCCUUUUUUUAAGCGUGACACCAACACGAGCAUGCACAGCCCUCCCUCUCCUGUGGUUCAGUAUAAAAACUCUGGACACAUCACACUCUGUCCUUUUUUGCCUCCGCUCUAAAUCAGGGGACGUCUUGGUAGUUGCUGGGCACAGUAAAUCGAAAUGGGAAAGGAAAAGACCCACAUCAACAUCGUGGUCAUCGGCCAUGUCGACUCCGGAAAGUCCACCACCACCGGCCACCUGAUCUACAAGUGCGGAGGAAUCGACAAGAGAACCAUCGAGAAGUUUGAGAAGGAGGCCGCCGAGAUGGGCAAAGGUUCCUUCAAGUACGCCUGGGUGCUGGACAAACUGAAGGCCGAGCGUGAGCGUGGUAUCACCAUCGAUAUCGCUCUGUGGAAGUUCGAGACCAGCAAGUACUACGUGACCAUCAUUGAUGCCCCCGGACACAGGGACUUCAUCAAGAACAUGAUCACUGGAACCUCUCAGGCUGACUGCGCUGUGCUGAUCGUCGCUGCUGGUGUUGGUGAGUUCGAGGCUGGUAUCUCCAAGAACGGUCAGACCCGUGAGCACGCUCUGCUGGCCUACACUCUGGGUGUGAAGCAGCUCAUUGUUGGAGUCAACAAGAUGGAUUCCACUGAGCCCCCUUACAGUCAGAAGCGUUUCGAGGAGAUCACCAAGGAAGUGAGCACCUACAUCAAGAAGAUCGGCUACAACCCUGCCUCUGUUGCCUUCGUCCCCAUCUCUGGAUGGCAUGGAGACAACAUGCUGGAGGCCAGUGACAAGAUGAGCUGGUUCAAGGGCUGGAAGAUCGAGCGUAAGGAGGGCGGAGCCACAGGAGUCACACUGCUGGAGGCUCUGGACUCCAUCAUGCCCCCAAGCCGCCCCACCGACAAGCCCCUCCGUCUGCCCCUGCAGGACGUCUACAAGAUCGGUGGUAUUGGAACUGUCCCCGUGGGUCGUGUUGAGACCGGUAUCCUGAAGCCCGGUAUGGUCGUCACCUUCGCUCCCCCCAACCUGACCACUGAGGUCAAGUCCGUGGAGAUGCACCAUGAGUCUCUGCCUGAAGCUCUGCCCGGUGACAACGUCGGCUUCAACGUCAAGAACGUCUCCGUGAAGGAAAUCCGUCGUGGAAACGUUGCCGGCGACAGCAAGAACGACCCACCCAUGGCUGCUGAGAACUUCACUGCCCAGGUCAUCAUCCUGAACCACCCCGGACAGAUCUCCCAGGGUUACGCCCCCGUGCUGGACUGCCACACCGCUCACAUCGCCUGCAAGUUCAGCGAACUCAAGGAGAAGAUCGACCGUCGUUCUGGCAAGAAGCUUGAGGACAACCCCAAGGCUCUGAAGUCUGGAGAUGCAGCCAUCAUCACCAUGGUGCCUGGAAAACCCAUGUGUGUUGAGAGCUUCUCCCAGUAUCCCCCACUGGGUCGCUUCGCUGUGCGUGACAUGAGGCAGACUGUCGCCGUCGGCGUCAUCAAGUCCGUCGAGAAGAAGGCCGCCUCCGGUGGAAAGGUCACCAAGUCUGCACAGAAGGCUGAUAAGAAGAAAUGAAUCUUCAUGCAGGACGUCCAACCGACAGCCACGUCUCAGCAGCAGCGGGCCGCCACAUCCCCUCUUCCCUUCUGCCACCCAGCGCCGUCAGCUCUGAGGCAGAGCUCUCUACUCAAGGACUGGCUUAUGCUGAUUAAAACCCAUCGGAAAAGUUUCCGCAGGAAAGGAAGGUUUAUACCUUCCAGGGCAAACUAUGAUCAUAAUUAAGUUGAAACCAAAACAAUAAAAAUCUCAAACAUUGCCAAAUGAA